GUUCAGUGAAGUUUAAGAGGAGUGGAGACACCGAAUAGAGGGAAGAGCGAUGUUUCAUUACAUAUGACGCAGCUAAUAUUUUUCUCCGGUUCCCUUCCUAUACGUAAUUGCCAAGCACAAGGUGGAGGCGGCAGACGGGCGCGGAUAGUGAUGUCAUCACAGUGAGCCGUCACCAAGCUGACAGAGAAGCUCAUUGUGUAGAGAUGAUCACCCAGGGUGGAGAGGUGGUUUUAGGCACUAGUAACGAUAUGGAAGGUCCAGACAGAAGCGAAGACUCGGCUUCAGAGAAGAUGUCAGUGUCCCAGCGAAGGGCGGAGAUCCGGCGGAGGAAGCUGAUGAUUAACUCUGAGGAGAGGAUGAACAGGAUCAUGGGCAUACAUAAGCCGGUCAGCAGUGAUGAACUUCGACUUGGAAGACUUGACAAACCAAGCUCUCUACCGUUACCGUCAUCAUUGCCUAAGAGAGCGAUUGUAAUUUCUGGUGAUACUGAGCACUCUUGUGGAGAAGGCACGGCACCAUUUGUAGAGGACUCUGAUUUUAGAAAAGAUAGCAAUGGACUCCGAAACAGAGCAGAUGUUACUUCAGAGUCUACGCCAAGAGGCUUGAACCAGUACUUAACAAGAUUUGAUGAAGCAAUGAAACUUAGAAACCAGCUCAAUAGUGAGAAGUCAGUUCCUGACAGUAGCAAUGGAGUAGAUGAAAUGGACUCUUUCCGCAUUUUUAGACUUGUGGGAAGUGCAAUUCUUGCUGUGUUUGUAAGAAUGUCUGUGUGCAAAUAUUUGUCAAUAUUUGCUCCAUUCCUCACAUUGCAACUUGCAUUCAUGGGACUGUCCAAAUAUUUUCCAAAGGGGGAGAAAAAAACGAAGACCACUGUCCUCACUGCUGCACUUUUAUUGUCUGGGAUUCCAUCUGAGGUGAUCAGUCGCUCCCUGGAUACAUACAGCAAGAUGGCAGAUGUUUUUACAGACCUCUGUGUUUACUUCUUCACCUUUAUUUUUUGUCAUGAAUUACUUUCUUUUCUUGGCUCAGAAGACCCAUGACUGUUCAUUGUUCCUUAGACUAUGAAUCUUUCUGGCCUUACUGCCUGAUUGUUAGUAACUUGCCAGAAGAUCUAGAUCAUAAGCUACAUAGCUAUUUUAAGUCCAAAACUAGGAGAGACGCUAUGGUGCCUAAAUCAAUUAUUUAGCCUAAUGUUGGGAAAUUUUCUGUUUAAUAUGUCUUGUAACCGUUUUUAUUGGUUCGUUAAUACAACAGCCAUGUACUGGAAAUUCUUGUUCAACAUAUCACUAUCCUAUCAAAAGGGAAAUACAAUAAUACCCCAGCUCCUACCAUACAUUGAUGCAAUGUCCUUUAUAUUGUUCUAUCGUCAUUUUCAAGUUUGUUUAUGGGAUGAUUUUUUUUUUUUAUGUUUAAUGCAGGUUCACAUGAGUUUAAAACAACUUCAGCCAAUAUUUUUUGGGGGGAUAAAUUUGGGAACAGUGUAGAGACAUAGUCAGGAUUUUAUCAGUUUGUGCAUCUAUUCGGGAGACUUCACUUCUUGUCAGGACACAAAACAAACAUUUUAAUAGCAAGGAAAGUUUACAUUUGACAAAUUUGUGUUACUGUCUGUGCCUUUCUGUCCCUGUGACAUUGGUACAUUUGACUUGUUCAGGCAUCACAGGAACAGGAAUUGAUGGAGGAUCUACCCAGGAAGCACAUGAACUGCAAAAAAAGUUGAAGUCCAGCUUUAGAAUGCAUGAGCAGCCAUGUUCACUAAAAUACAAUUUCCCAGAGUUUGUAGAAAAAGCUGUUUUUUUUUUUUUUUUUUUUUUUUUUUUUUUACAGCAGCAUCCAUGUCUAACAACUUGGUUAUCCUGAAUGUAAACACUUCUAAAAAAAGAAAAACAGAGAAGCAGUAGUAAUUUGCUUAAGAAAAUAUUCCUUUAAAUUAUUCUACUUUUUAACGAUCAUGUACCUAAAUUCAGCAUAUAUGAAUGUGUAUGAUUUGUAGAAGCAAUGUUCAUGAGCAUGAUGUUGUUAUAAGUGAAUGUACAUGUUCUGGGUAAUUAUUUUUCAUGAAACAAAUAUAAUAUUUAAGAAGUACCAAAGGCAACCUUUAAAACA